AUGGCGGCUCACGGGCGGCUGUGUUUACGUUUUGCUGUUUCAUUUUUGUUUUAUUGUAGUCUUAGGUGUUAUGCGGGGUUUCCUGGAAGGCCACAGUCUUCGGAAAUUGAUACAGUCCAUCUGAUUUUCAUGACGCAUUUAGAUGUAGGUUAUGAUGGUGUAACACAGACAGGGUUCAUCAACAAUAUAUUAAACACCUACUUCCAUGAGUACUUUCCUCGAGCCAUCAACCUGUCCCAGCAGUUGCGAACAGAGGAGUAUGUGGAGGGAUUUGUGUACACGACUCAUCCUUGGUUGGUCAGUCUCUUCCUUGACUGUCCUCAAAAUUUUGUUCUUAACAACAUUACUCUAAAGUGUCCAAAUGAAACUCAAGUGGAACAAUUUAAGUCUGCUGUUGAUCGAGGCGACAUCACAUGGCACGCAGGACCAAUGAACAUGCAACCAGAAAAUAUCAAUAAAAUUCUUUUUGAUUUGAGUCUUAACAUCAGUUCUGAUUUGGAUGCAUUGUUCUACAUAAAAAGGAAAUUUCCUACCCUUAGUCAGCGUGAUGUUCCUGGACUGACACAGGCAGUCAUUCCAAGUCUCGUGCAGAAAGGUGUGAUAGCUGUUUCUGUGGGAGUAAACCCAGGCACCAGUCCACCAGCGGUACCAAAGCUCUUUCUUUGGAAAUUUGAGGAAAGUGCUGUCCUUGCCACUUGGCAUGCAGGUGGCUAUCCCUUGGGACCAGGGAGCAGCCCUGCCAAGCCUGGGGGACUAUCAAGGAAAGACUGUGUGACAGUGAAAGGUUUCAAUCAUGCAUUGUGUUAUGCCUUUAUACAGGAUAAUGGAGGACCUCCUAAGAGUAUCCAAGAUAUUUUGAACUAUUAUGAAAUCAUGAGAAAAGAAUUUCCUGGUGCUAAAAUCAAGGCUUCCACAUUUGAUGAAUUCUUUGAAGCUGUUCAGCCAAUCAAAAACCAGCUCCCUGUAAUCAGCAAAGAAGUAGGGGACACCUGGAUACAGGGGAUUGCAUCUGACCCAAACAAAAUGGCCAAAUAUAGAGCCUUUACCAAAUCUCUAAGUAGCUGCUUUAUGACAGAUCAGUGUGAUUACAAUGAUAAGAGGAUCAAGGAUGCCAUCCGUUUCAUCAUCAAACCUCCAGAACACACAUGGGGCCUGCCAGGAGUAGGAGAUAACGUCAACUGGUCAAACCCAUUGUUUCUUAAGGCUCGAAAUGGUAAAAACUUUCUUGACUGUGAAAAUGCCUGGUUGGAGCAGAGACAAUUUAUUGAUAUUGCCCUGGAAAGGGUCAAAGGUCACCCUUUAUCCUAUAUAGCUGAGAAUGAGAUACAACAACUGACUCCAGAGGAACCUGAUUUGACAGAUUAUGAUGCUGUGGAGGAUGUUGCACAAGUAUUUAGCUGCGAAGAUGGUGUACAGAUACAAUUCUCCAAAACAGGUGCCAUCAACAGGCUUUAUGAUCCUUAUAAUAAGAUAGACUGGGCAAGUGGAACGGACACUUUUGGAGAGAUACGUUAUUAUACCUACAAUGAGACAGAUUUCAACAACAUGGCAUCUCAGUAUAAUUACUAUGGGGGCGCUGGAUACGACAAACCCAACUCCACGUCCAACGCUCAUCCAGACUCUCGCCAGUGGUUCACAAGACUCAUUACAAUCUACAAGUCACAUAAAUCAGCUCCUGCCUGUGACAUACUCCUGAAGAUUGAAAUGUCCAACAUUGUGGCCACUAAACGCUACGGAGCUCCACCUUUAUUCUGGUUACAUUAUAUCUCGAAGAAAAUGGCUAACAACUAUGGAGGGUUUGAUGUCACACUUCAGUGGUUUCAGAAACCACCUACUCGUCUUGCUGAAGCUAUCAUGUACCACUUUGCCCCACGAUCCCCUGGAGGAGAGACCUCUGAAUCACAGUUCAAAUGGCAUGUGUCAAAAGUGGGUCACCUUGUUGAUCCUGGAAAUGUUGUACUGAAUGGUAGUCAGUAUGUUCAUGCAGUGGACAAUGGCGUGUACUUCACCAAAAUUAAUGGAAAUGGUCUACAGUUUCAUACCUAUGAUGUGCCACUUGUUUCUAUAGCAACAAAGUUCCAUCCACCAUCCCCUUUCCCAGUUCCAUUAAAACCAAUUGCUCAAAGUGAUGUGACAGGUGUGUCAUUCAAUUUGUACAACAAUAUUUGGAACACAAACUACAUUAUGUGGUAUCCAUAUUUACCCACGGAUCAGAACUUCAAAGCACGCUUCCAGCUAAAAUUGUAUUGUACCUAGAGCACCUGUGGCAGUGAACAGACUGAUGAUAUCUGGACUUCUGUUUAAUGUUCCCAUCACUGAUCAAAUGGGAAAUACUCAAGAUAUUGAAAUAUAUAUACUAAGGUAUUGUUAACAGUUAAACAUUUGAAUGUUUGUACCAAUGGUCUAUUUUAAGAUUUCUUUUCGUUUUGAUACAUCUCAAUAUCUCAGCGUUAUUUUCAUGUGUGCAAGUGUUUGUAUAAUUUUGACACAUAAUACUAAAUUUUUGUUUUUUAAAAUUACAGUUCAUUACCAAUAUUUAUUGAUGUACAUGUAUACUCAAAUGUCAAUUAACAUUUCAUGUCUUAAAAUCACUGCUACUUUAACUUGAUAAUCUAGUCACUAAAAUUUAUCCUUGUAUUUUCUCCUCCUAUUUCAACACCACAGAUAUAUAACAACAACUGAUUUCAGUUCUUUAUCAUUUUCUAGAUCAGUUGUCACUGUUGGUUUUACUUUUACUUUCAUUAUAACAAUUACCGCACUCAAAAAAAAACAUAUCUCAGGGACUUUUAAAUGUGUUAAAAGAAUAUUUUAUAUUAAUAUACUGUACAUAGAAUUUUCAGUUGUGAUUAAUAUAUUUAACUAGAAUUUUCAGUGAUACGAUUUCCGAUCAAGACCAUCAGUACUAACAUUAUAAAAUUAAGCUUCAGUAGCAUGGGAUGAUAGUGGUCUAGUCUGAUUUGUAAUGCAUAUGUGCAUAAUAUCUUAGUUCAACUUCAAAAUAUAACUUUAAAAUUUUGAAUUUUAUACUUAUGUAUUUUGUGAUAUUUUUUGCAGUAAUAUAUAUUUAUAUUAAAAUAAAGAAACCUUUCUGAUGUG